ACCUUUAGGUCUAUUAAUGUGUAACUCUCAAUGUGUCAAUCAUUUCAGUGCCUCUCGACCACUGUGAGUCCUACAUUCACACAGACAAUGAAUUUUGAUACAAAGAUGACCUUCACAAUGGAUGCCCUUGGCUUUACUGUCGAUUACAAUGACAGCUACAGUGAGAUUUAUGAAGAUGACUGCUGUGGUGAAGGACUUGUGUGUGAUCAGGAGUCUAGCAUGCACUUUGAUUCCAUUUUCAUUCCGGUCCUUUACUCUCUGGCGCUGGUAGUGGGGCUGGUAGGAAAUGGGCUGGUUCUGGUGGUAAUGUGGAAGAAAAGGGUGAGCUUGAACGUUACAGACAUCUUCAUCCUUCACCUGUGCUUAGCAGACACUCUGCUGCUGCUGACGCUGCCCUUCUUGGCUGUAGAGGCAGUGAAGGGGUGGAUCUUUGGCACAGCGCUCUGCAAACUGAAUGGAGCUCUGUUCAAGAUCAAUUUCUACUGUGGCAUUUUCAUGCUCUCCUGCAUCAGUCUUGACCGCUACCUGUCCAUCGUCCACGCAGUCCAGAUGUAUUCUCGUAAAAAGCCCAUGGUGAUUCACUGUUGCUGCCUGAUGGUCUGGCUCUUCUGCCUUCUGCUCUCCAUUCCUGACUGGAAAUUCCUUGUGGCCGUCAAGGACAGCAGACGUCAGGAUAAAACAGAAUGUGUUCCAUUUUACUCCUCUGAUCGUGAAUCUUGGAUGCUUGCCACUCGUCUGCUCUACCAUAUUUUGGGUUUUGCUAUUCCAGCAGUAUUGAUGCUGUUCUGUUACUCUUGUAUCCUCCUGCGGCUGAGACGUGGCUCUCAGGGCAUGCAGAAGAAGAGGGCCAUCCGUGUCAUCGUAGCCCUCGUACUGGCUUUCUUCAUCAGCUGGACGCCUUAUAACAUCACCCUCAUGGUUGACACCAUACAAAGUAAUUUGUUUAAUGUGACUGUCAGUCCCAUUAACCAAACAUCUUGUGAGAGCAAAACAGCAUUGGAUGUAGCUCUUACAGCAACUUCCACAUGGGCCUACUUACACUGCUGCGUCAACCCAGUCCUUUAUGCUUUCGUGGGGGUGAAAUUUCGCAAGCACUUGCUGGAUAUGCUGAAACCACUGGGCUUCACGCUGAAGGGCCCAGCAGGCGUGGUGUCACGGAAAAGCUCUGUAUGGUCAGAGUCAGUGGACACCUCUCACACAUCUGCCUUCUGAAACAUCAUAUGCCAUCAAACCAAUUUAUGUACAGUCAGGAACCAUGUCAUCUUUUUCUGCAACCUUUAACAUCUGUAUCCAUAUUAUGUCAGAAGAGUAUGGCUUUAAGUAUGCAAGCAUUUCCGUUCACACCAAGGAUGGUAACUAUAACUAGUUUUAAUGAUCAUGAUUCAUCUGAGAAUCAUGAAGUCCACACCACAACUAUGAAGAUAACAACGCAGAGCAACGAUAUCACUGGAAUCACUUUCAGAAUGACUUUUCCCAGCUGAUUAACAAUAAAUCCAUUAACAGACAAUCAGAAUCCACCCAACUUCAAAGAUGAAGUAUAUAAGAUACAUUCUCUAAACCCAGUUUAUCGUACAUUGAUUACUAUUAGUAUGUCAUUCAUGGGUUUAUCUCCCCCAAAAGUGUAAAUGUUGAGCUUCUCAGGCACCAUUAAAACAUUGAGAGCAUUCUGCUCAGAUCCAUCAAUCUCUUUCCAGCUCAACUUAUAGUGUGAGUUUGGGGCGUGGCUACUGUAGCAGGUGGAGCCAAAAAGGGUGUUUAGCCGGAGUGGAUGGGACCAUGACUGACGCAUUACAUGGGAAAAGACAUUCAGCUUCGGUUACAGAAAUGCAAGCCAAAAUUUGCUGCAUUUAGACCUUCAAGUAAUAAACAGGUCAUGAACACGUCAAAGCGCAUGGGGCAUUGCGAUGCGAGCUACAGCGGACUCUUCAAUAUCAUACAGCAUCAUCAUGUACCCGUUCAGAAAGACAAAUGUACAUGCUCCAACAGAAACCUGAGCUUUUAAUGGCAGCUGCAGUGACAAAAUGACUUUACCAAUCGGUGAUUGACUUUUUUAUUUAGAAAGUGGGACUUAUUCUGCCAUAUUGCAUGUUGGACUUUCUCCCAUUCAUAAGUAAUAUGUUUGUAUAUCUAAAGUGAUAUGUUGGAUGGGUUUAUUAUAAACGAGGCGCUCGGGUUUGAAUUAGCCUCUUCAGUUACUUCCUCAUGACACAUAGCAACACAGCUUAAAGUAUUCCUAAUAUGUACUUUUAUUGAAAGUAGCCAACAUUUACCCAUUGAGACAUGCUUUCACAAGCACCCAUAAGAGCUGUGAUGUUCGAGCUGGGGAAGGCGAAAGGGGCGUUGGCAAGGUUGUUUGAAAAUAAUGCUUUAUUUUUGUAAUUCUGCUAGGUGCCACAAGUGUCGCACAAACUACAUACUUCACCUUUAAAACAACAGAUGACAAAACUGCAGCAUAUCACUUAUAAUAAACAGAAUAUUAGUAUCCAUUGGUGUGGACUGUAAUAUUUAUCUUUAUUCUUAUCUUUAUAGUUAUCGUUCUUGGUGUGAACAGGUCUUUAUUCUCACGACUGUGCUGAUUAACAUGCAUGAAUAUAGAGAAGUCUUUUAUCUUACUUUCAUAUAUUUCUAUUUGCACAUGUGUAAGUUACUUUAGGUUAUUUUUUGCAUUUCUCAUUUGCAUUUUUGCAUUCUCAUUUGGAUCAGACUUUUGAAAAUACAGUUAUACAAUUUAAAGUUCUGGAGUUAUUGUAUGUAGUGUCUAGAAUUGUUCUUAAAUGUAUUUGUUAAUUGUCUUAUGUUUUUAUUUUUUACGACAAUGUUUUUAAAUAUCUCAUUUUGCUGUAAACACAUUAUUAAAACAUCUUAAAGGCCUACUUGUGAUGUAAAGCAAAACUGCAAAUGUGUAUUUUGGUGCUUACUGUCUUCUUAUAUUUUGAUGUACAACUUUGUUGAACCACUUUGUAUAAAUAAAACCUUUAUUUCAAAUUA